CCCCCAUACUCCCGCCCACCCGCGUCACUCUCUCAGCCCCGCUCCACCCGCCGCCGCCGCCUUCCGGAAUCCCGAUGGCGUCCGCGGCUGCGCCCCCGACCUCGCUCUCCCUCGUGGCCCGCGCGGCCACCAGGGCUGCCGCCGCCGCCGCCACCCCGCUGCGCAGGGGAGGCCUCGCGGCGGCGUGCCAGCCGGCGCGGUCGCUGGCGUUCGCGGCGGGCGACGCGCGGCUCGCGGUCCACGUCGCGUCGCGGUGCCGCCAGGCGUCGUCCGCGCGCGGGACCCGCGCCAUGGCCACCAUGGCCAAGAAGAGCGUCGGGGACCUCACGGAGGCCGACCUCGAGGGGAAGCGCGUCUUCGUGCGCGCCGACCUCAACGUGCCGCUCGACGAGAACCAGAACAUCACUGACGACACCCGCGUCCGCGCCGCCGUCCCCACCAUCCAGUACCUCAUCGGCAAGGGCGCCAAGGUCAUCCUCUCCAGCCACUUGGGUCGCCCUAAGGGUGUUACUCCCAAGUUUAGCUUAGCUCCCAUUGUACCACGGCUGUCUGAGCUUCUUGGUAUUCAGGUGCAAAAAGCUGACGAUGUUAUUGGCCCUGAAGUUGAGAAAUUGGUGUCUGCCUUGCCCAAUGGUGGUGUUUUGCUUCUCGAGAACGUAAGAUUUUACAAGGAAGAGGAGAAGAAUGACCCAGAGUUUGCACAGAAGCUUGCCUCCCUUGCAGAUCUUUAUGUUAAUGAUGCAUUUGGAACAGCCCACAGGGCACACGCAUCAACUGAGGGAGUCACCAAGUUCUUGAAGCCUUCUGUUGCAGGGUUCCUUUUGCAGAAGGAGCUUGACUACCUUGUUGGAGCUGUUUCAAGCCCUAAACGUCCAUUUGCUGCCAUCGUGGGUGGCUCAAAGGUGUCAUCCAAGAUUGGGGUUAUUGAAUCCCUGUUGGAAAAGUGUGAUAUCCUUCUUUUGGGUGGUGGUAUGAUCUUCACAUUUUACAAGGCACAAGGACUUUCUGUUGGUUCUUCGUUAGUCGAGGAAGACAAACUUGAGCUCGCAACAUCUCUGCUUGCAAAGGCAAAGGAAAAGGGUGUCUCCCUUAUGUUGCCAACUGAUGUUGUCAUUGCUGAUAAGUUUGCCCCUGAUGCUAACAGCCAGAUUGUUCCAGCAUCUUCAAUUCCUGAUGGUUGGAUGGGGCUGGACAUCGGCCCAGAUUCUGUUGCUUCAUUCAAUGCAGCCCUGGACACAACCCAGACAGUCAUCUGGAACGGGCCCAUGGGUGUUUUUGAAUUCGACAAGUUCGCUGUAGGAACUGAGGCUGUUGCGAAGAAGUUGGCAGAGCUUAGCGGCAAGGGUGUCACAACCAUCAUUGGAGGUGGAGACUCUGUUGCAGCCGUUGAGAAGGUGGGAGUUGCUGAUGUUAUGAGCCACAUUUCAACGGGAGGUGGAGCUAGCUUGGAAUUGUUGGAAGGAAAGGAGCUUCCUGGAGUUAUUGCAUUGGAUGAAGCCGCCACGGUGACUGUAUGAAGCUAAGUUUUCAAUUUGUUUCACCUUCAUCUUCGUGUACCGUGUAAACUUGUUACAUUCUUGCUCGCUCCUUAUCAGCCGCUCGAAAUGUAAGAGAUCAAUGCUUUAUAGAGCCACUGGAAAUUGUUUGAAUAACUACACAAUAAUAUGUGUUUACCUGAGUCAUAACAAA